GUCAAUUGUCAAUUUAAUUUAAUGGUGGAUGUGUGAUGGUUGCGGCCAACAUUGGCGUGUUAAAGUGUUUAUCUUUUGUAUUUACUGUUUUACAUGAAAAUUCUGAAAUAGGUGUAUACAAGUUAGUAACUUUUUUUAAACUUUUUGGUUCAUAAAAUGUCUCGAUCAGCUCGUGCUGAUACCCGGAACCGUGUAAAGGAUGAUAUCAAAAGAGUAAUGCAGGCUGUCGAAAAGGUUCGCCAUUGGGAAAAGAAAUGGGUGACAAUUGGGGAAACUACUAUGAAAAUAUACAAAUGGGUACCAAUAUCUACCAGUGAGCAGAAGAAAAAGCACGCCGCCAGACAAGAGAACAAGGAAAACACGUUGACACCGAAAAAGAUGCACGAUUCUUCGAACUCUAACUUUGGAAUGGCAGAAGAUUCUAAUACAUGUUUUUCAACAGUAAGUGAUUCACAAGGGCCUACAGAAUUUACUUCCUCGCAUAUGAACUUUUCUGAAGAUUCAAACUCUCAAAGUAGUGGUACAACAACACCUGCAAAACAUAGUAGACAGUAAAAAGUGUAGUGAGUAAAUUUGAGUGAAGUGAAUUUUAUGUUUUAAGUUAGGCCACAAUUAGUCCAUAAUUUUAUUUAUAAGGUCACAUAAAUUCUCAGCUUUAGCUUAUAAUGAUGUAAUUUGGAACAUUGGUUCCUAAUAAUGCAAUAAUUAUUAAUAAGCUGAUGACAAGACAUAAGCUUUAGGUUGUGUGAAAUCUAGUGUUGUGGCAGGAAAUCUAUGUUGUUUGUCAAAUAAAUAUUUAAAGAAUAUAAGUAAGGGUUGAUGAAGUAUUUUAAAAUAAUUACACAUGAA